AUGCAUUUCCGAGACAGCAAGAGGAAAGUCGACUACGUCUUAGUCUACCACUACCGCAAACAUUCCUCGGACAAUGGUGGUGAGAGUCAAGGCCCCGUACAUAGGCCGGGCUCUUUGGCGAUUAUUUCUAAUGGGGAGACCGCCAAAAGCCAGCAGAAACAACAGGAAGGAUCUACUCCAGAAGCCCAGGUGAUUGAUGUCGCCCCACAGGAUGCUUUGGAGGUUGCAAAAGAGGAACAGAGGGAGGAGUUUGAACGCAACUUGUUGGAAGCUGGUUUGGAGUUAGAAAAGGAAGUGGAGGACAAGAGUCAAGGAUUAAGUUUUGUCCGAAUACACGCACCAUGGAAUGUACUGAGCCGAGAAGCGGAGAUUCUGAAAAUCAAGAUGCCCACUAAACGAACUUAUGAAAUCAAAGAAGAAGGGGGACUUGUCAAGAAGCUGUCAUUGAUAUUGCAGAAAUUAGCAGAACCAUUGCAGCCUAAAGUGCCAGAGCAAAAUACCACUAGGAUGAAGAAUUUAUCUUAUCCGUUUUCCAGAGAAAAAAUAUAUUUGUACAACAUUCAAGAUAAAGAUACAUUUUUUGACAACGGCACUCGCAGUCGAAUUGUACGUGAAAUUUUGAAGCGCACAUAUAGUUCAAAAGCCAAAAACAGCAUGGGUAUUAACACAUUAAUAGCAAAUAAUGUUUAUGAAACAGCUUAUCCUCUACAUGAUGGCGAAUACGAAGGUGAAAGCAAGGACAUGAAUGAAAGGAAGCUGUUGUAUCGAGAGUGGGCACGAUAUGGAGCAUUUUACAAGUUUCAGCCUAUUGACCUCAUAAGAAAGUAUUUUGGAGAAAAAAUCGGAAUGUAUUUUGCCUGGCUGGGGUUAUAUACAGAAUUUCUCAUUCCAUCCUCUGUCGUUGGGAUUAUCGUAUUUAUGUACGGGUGUCUGACCAUUGAAGAAGAUGUUCCAAGCAAGGAGAUGUGUGACCAACGUAAUGCCUUCACCAUGUGCCCUUUGUGUGACAAGACCUGUGACUACUGGAACCUCAGUACAGCUUGUGGAACCGCACGUGCCAGCCACUUAUUCGAUAAUCCGGCCACCGUCUUCUUCUCCAUUUUCAUGGCCCUCUGGGCCACAAUGUUUCUUGAAAACUGGAAGCGUUUGCAGAUGAGGUUGAGUUAUUUCUGGGACCUCACAGGAUUGGAGGAAGAGGAAGAGCAUCUAAAGGAACACCCCAGGCCAGAAUAUGAAACCAGAUUAUUACAGAAAAAAGCCAGAAUUGAAAAUACCAAAAUCGUGACUCAGGAUGAGAGUCAUUUACGUGAGUCUUCUAAAACAGGAGAUUCCCUUGCAGUUAAUGGCAGCAAUUUAGCUAUUGCAAUACAGCUAAAGCGAAUAACAGAGGUCCCCAAAACAGAGAAAACGUUUGAGGAGAGGUUAAUUCUGAAGGCUUUCCUGCUGAAGUUUGUAAAUUCUUAUGCGCCCAUUUUUUACGUGGCUUUUUUUAAAGGGAGGUUUGUGGGACGCCCUGGUCAGUACGUCUACAUGUUUGCUGGUUACCGAAUGGAAGAGUGUGCUCCCGGGGGAUGCUUGAUGGAACUUUGCAUCCAGCUCAGCAUCAUCAUGUUGGGGAAGCAGCUGAUUCAGAACAAUAUCUUUGAAAUAGGAGUUCCGAAAUUAAAGAAAUUGUUCCGUAAACUAAAAGAUGAGAGGCCGGAGAAGAAGGAAAGCCAUUCAGAUCCAUCUAAGCAGCCUCAGCAGUGGGAGCUGGAUUACGUCUUGGAACCAUUCAUGGGGCUGACUCCGGAAUACAUGGAAAUGAUCAUACAGUUUGGCUUCGUGACUCUCUUUGUGGCCUCCUUUCCUCUGGCUCCAGUGUUUGCCUUGUUGAACAACGUCAUUGAAGUUCGACUCGAUGCCAAAAAGUUUGUGGCUGAACUAAGACGGCCCGAUACUGUGAGAGCAAAGGAUAUAGGAAUCUGGUUUAAUAUUUUGAGUGGCAUCGGAAAGUUUUCAGUCAUAAUUAAUGCCUUUGUGAUUGCAGUAACUUCGGAUUUUAUUCCACGCCUUGUCUACCAAUAUGUGUACAGUCACAACGGGACCAUGCACGGCUUCAUCAAUCACACCCUGUCAUACUUCAACGUCAGCGACUUUAAGCCUGGAACCCAGCCAGAAAACUCACCAUUUGAAGAGGAGGUUUCAUUCUGCAGGUUUAAGGAUUACAGAGAACCCCCGUGGGCAGAAAGCUCAUAUGAAUUCUCUAAGCAGUAUUGGUCUGUUCUGUCUGCCCGCCUGGCAUUCGUCAUUAUCUUUCAGAACCUGGUGAUGUUCCUCAGCGUGCUUGUGGACUGGCUGAUCCCAGACAUCCCCAAGGACAUCAGCGAGCAGAUCAAGAAGGAGAAGAGCGUGCUGGUGGAUUUCUUUCUGAGGGAAGAGCACGAGAAACUGAAGCUGAUAGAAAACUUUAUCUCCCGGGACAAACAAAGGAGUUGGAGUGAGAAGAAAAGGAAGAGGAGUCGGGCGGCCAGUUUCACCCAGUUCUACCGAAGCCGCCGGGGAAGCUUUACUUCUCUUAGUUCAAGACACAGCGAUGUAUGA